AUGCCUAAUAUUUACAAUGCUCUGGUGGUUAAGGGUCGAGAUACUCUUGGUCAAGAAAUUAAUGUGACUUGUGAAGUACAGCAAUUAUUAGGAAAUAAUCGAGUUAGAGCUGUAGCUAUGAGCGCGACAGAGGGUUUAAAGAGAGGAAUGGACGUGGUUGAUAUGGGAAAUCCUCUAAGUGUUCCAGUCGGCGGAGCGACUCUAGGACGUAUUUUCAACGUACUUGGGGAACCUGUUGAUAAUUUAGGCCCUGUUGAUACCCGCACAACAUCUCCUAUCCAUAAAUCCGCGCCUGCUUUUAUACAAUUAGAUACAAAAUUAUCUAUUUUUGAAACAGGAAUUAAAGUAGUAGAUCUUUUGGCCCCUUAUCGUCGUGGGGGAAAAAUAGGACUAUUCGGUGGGGCUGGCGUGGGACUAUUCGGUGGGGCUGGCGUGGGUAAAACAGUACUAAUUAUGGAAUUGAUCAACAAUAUUGCCAAAGCUCAUGGUGGUGUAUCCGUAUUUGGUGGAGUAGGCGAACGGACUCGUGAAGGAAAUGAUCUUUACAUGGAAAUGAAAGAAUCUGGAGUAAUUAAUGAACAAAAUCUUGCGGAAUCAAAAGUAGCUCUAGUCUACGGUCAGAUGAAUGAACCGCCGGGAGCUCGUAUGAGAGUUGGUCUGACUGCCUUAACUAUGGCAGAAUAUUUCCGAGAUGUUAAUGAGCAAGACGUACUUCUAUUUAUCGACAAUAUCUUCCGUUUCGUACAAGCAGGAUCCGAGGUAUCCGCCUUAUUGGGUAGAAUGCCUUCGGCUGUGGGUUAUCAACCCACCCUUAGUACCGAAAUGGGUUCUUUACAAGAAAGAAUUACUUCUACGAAAAAAGGGUCCAUAACCUCUAUUCAAGCAGUUUAUGUACCUGCGGACGAUUUGACUGACCCCGCUCCUGCCACCACAUUUGCACAUUUAGACGCGACUACCGUACUAUCAAGAGGAUUAGCUGCCAAAGGUAUCUAUCCAGCAGUAGAUCCUUUAGAUUCAACGUCAACUAUGCUACAACCUCGAAUCGUUGGCGAGGAACAUUAUGAAACUGCGCAACAAGUCAAGCAAACUUUACAACGUUACAAGGAGCUUCAGGACAUUAUAGCUAUCCUGGGGUUGGACGAAUUAUCCGAAGAGGAUCGCUUAACCGUAGCAAGAGCACGAAAAAUUGAGCGUUUCUUAUCACAACCCUUUUUCGUAGCAGAAGUAUUUACAGGUUCUCCGGGAAAAUAUGUUGGUCUAGCGGAAACAAUUAGAGGGUUUAAACUGAUCCUUUCCGGAGAAUUUGAUUCUCUUCCCGAACAGGCCUUUUACUUAGUGGGUAACAUCGAUGAAGCUACUGCGAAGGCUACGAACUUAGAAAUGGAGAGUAAAUUGAAGAAAUGA